AUGCGUCCCCUUCGUAUGAUUGUGCACUUGAAUAUCAUAGUUUUGGGAUCUCUUUGUGAGCAAAUACCGCCUUUUACGUCAUCGCCGACCCUUGUCUCUGUUACUAAUUGUAUCUGUCAUUUAUUCAUAUCUAUCUAUCUAUCUAUCUAUCUAUCUAUCUAUCUAUCUAUCUAUGUCACCAUAUUUAUUUUAGUUUUCCAUGUUAGAAUCUUCAUUCCUAUCUAUCUAUCUAUCUAUCUAUCUAUCUAUCUAUCUAUCUAUCUAUCUAUACCUUUUUCAUAUCUAUCUAUCUAUCUCUAUCUAUCUAUCUAUCUAUCUAUCUAUCUAUCUAUCAGUCAGUUCAUGUCUCUUUCUCAAGAAUGUGCUUGGUGUCUUCUCUCUCUCUUUCUCUCUGCUGUCUAUAUACGUAUCACUGAAGUUUUCUUUCCAUUCUUUGACUUUUCCUUUUCGCAUUCUCUCUCUCCCUCCCCCUCUCUCUGUUAUUUUCCUCUCUAUCUGAUUUCUAUAUAUUUAUCCUCCUUUUCAAUUAUUCCAUAUUGCUUUUACCAAUUUUCCUCUCAAUUAUUUUCAAAGAAACUCGCUCUUUAUUCUUUUCCUUAA